AUGCCACCAACGCAGCUGCCCGAAUCGGGCAAUCCCUUGGUGUUUUUCGACAUAACACUGGGAGGCGAGCCCCUCGGCCGCAUCACCUUUGAGCUCUUCAAGGACGUCGUCCCCAAGACGGCCGAAAACUUCCGCCAGUUCUGCACCGGCGAGUCCAAGGGCUCGGGCGGCCGGCCCCAGGGCUACAAGGGCUCCAAGUUCCACCGCAUCAUCCCCAACUUCAUGUGCCAGGGCGGCGACUUUCUCAACGCCGACGGCACCGGCUCGACGACCAUCUGGGGCUACAAGUCCUUUGAGGACGAGAACUUUACGCUCAAGCACGACAAGCCGGGUCUGCUGUCCAUGGCGAACGCGGGCCCCAACAGCAACGGCUCGCAGUUCUUCAUCACGACGGUGCCGACGCCCUUCCUCGACGGCAAGCACGUCGUCUUCGGCAAGGUGGUGGACGGCUUCGAUGUGGUCAAGAAGAUGGAGGCGACCAAGACGGGCUACAGGGGCAAGGACGUGCCGAACCUGGACGUGGUGAUUGCGCAGUGCGGUGAGAUGUGA